AUGAGUACCCCCAAGAUAUCCUUUGCCAACCACCUGGACGUCAGCGUCACGGUCUACGACUCAUUCAGUGUCCAAGACAAGACCAACUAUUUCGGCACCUUGACCCUCAUUGAUACUGUGCCUGCCAAGACUACAGCUUCACUGCAACUCAAGCACCCGACCUCAGUGCUGAUCGUUAGUGAUGCAAAGUCUAACUCUCCCCUGGCACGCAUCAUCUAUUUGCAAGAUGUGAGCACCGGCCCAUUCGCCGUUGGUGAAGCCGAUGUCAAGGCCAUGGCUCAAACCAUGGCUUUCAUCACGUUUAUCACCAACAAUAAGAACGACCCGCUCACGCAGGCCUUCAAUGCUAUCUGGAAAGACACAUCCAAGCCACAAGUCACGCCCGUGAACAAGUUCUUUGCCCAGCAUGAGCAGUACAAGAGCUGUACGUUUGCUACCUACAUGAUGGGUAUUACAUACACAGCAGAGCAACCAGAGUCAAAGGGCAAGCCUAUGGACCAAGCCUUGUACUCCCUCAGUACUCUUGCGACGCUGCUGGGCGCAACCUGGCCUGAAUUCCUUCCGGAUAUUGUGGUGACCAAUUUCACUUGCAAUACCAAUAAUGAUACCCUCGCUCUUCAAGCAGGGAUAGAUCUGAAGAAACUGCCUGCCCAGUCAGAUGAGGCACUACAGUUUUUCGGGUCGCUGUUCAAUGUCAAGCACCUCCAGGUCUCAGUCAUGUUCAAUUACGCCGUGGGCCUGAAUAUAUUCGGCACGCGUCUGUCUAUCAGCCUUGAUGCUAUGCACGUACCAUUUGGCGGCGCGGGGACCUUGAAUAUCAACAAACCCACUGCCACCAUUGACAUCAACCCUCUGUUCAAGUUCGUUGUCUUCACUGUUACCGGUGACAUGCCGUUUGACAUAUUCGAUAACAAAUUUGAGGCUGACUUGUCUAUGACAAUCGACAACAUCGAGGCUGCCUUUGGUGUAGUCAUCAAAGGAGAUAAGGGCCCGUUACCAGCGCCACCAACUAUGAAGGGCGUGCACUUUGACUCGUUUGGAGUCGGCAUCGGAAUCAUCUUUGAGCCGCCAAGCGCGGCAAUUGGCUUAUCAGGUCAACUACACAUCGGCGACGCCGCCAACAAUACCAUCGUGCCUCUUGACGACGACUCGUUCGUGGUUGUCUGUCAGUUAAUAGAGGAGGUGCCAAACCCUCUUUACAUCUCUUUCUACGUACCCCAGAUGCACCUCACGGAUGUAUACACAGUCUUUACAAACGCUCGAUGCCCUGUAGAUGUACCCGUGUUGUUCUCCGAUCUCUCCUUUCAGUGGUCCGAGAACCCGAUGGAACCUGUCGUGUUGCCUGACGGGUCCCUUUCCAACAUGGGCUACGGCUUCAGCGCGGCAGCUGACAUUUUUGGCUUCGACUUCUACGGCGACGUAGAACUCGACCUCACCGACGGGGUGAAGGCUGACAUUGAAAUGUCGCCCUUGUCACUCGGCAACAUCUUUUCGAUACAGGGAGAUGGCACUGGCGUUACGUUGAAGGUUGAUGCCAGCGGAAAUCCCAUCAAGAACAAUCAGAUUAUCACCAAGGCUGAGCAGAAGCAGGCGAUACAAAAUGUUACGACGAAACAGAUGGUUCCUCCGGGAGGCGCAGUGUUGAAGAUCCAGACUCUGGGCGCGCCCUUCCUGCACCUCAACGGUUCUAUCAAUCUAUUUGAGGUCGAGAACUGGCAUAUUGAGGCCGAUGUCACCUCGAGCGGCAUCAAGUUCGACGUAGGGUUUGGCGGCAUCAUUUCUUCGGACAUGAGCUGCACACUAUCCGAUUUUCACAAUCUAGACGCCUCAUUCCAAUACGGUCUCAAUGACACUAUUUCGCUACCCUCAAUCGCCGGCGUAAGCCUUGGUUCUAUUCCCUUGGCGACACUAGUCAACGCGCACUUCAAAUUGAAUACAAGCUCUUCAGAUAUUGUGCUAUCAGUCGGGGGAGGUUUCGAUUUCGAAGGUCUGACCCGUAACUUCGGCGACUUCACGGCAGACGUGAACAUCUCAAGCGUCAGUGAUCUACUCAGCGCCAUCCUCAACAACAUCGAGAGCAAUGCCAGUCAGAUCUUCGGCGACCUUUUGAAUGACGCUGGCGCGUGGGCCGGUCAGGUCCAGCGGAAUGUCAUCACAGGCGUCGAGAAUGUCGCAAGCGUCUUGCAAAAUGCCUUCAACCAAUCCGCCGACCAGGCCGCCACUACUAUGAGGGAUGCAGGCUUUGCAGCUAAUACUAUAGCAAGUGGUCUACAAACUGCUUAUGGUCUGUCGGCAACGGCCGUCGCACAAGCCAUGCAGCAGGCCGGGUUUGCCGCUCAAGAGGUGGCUUCAGCCCUGCAGAGUGUGUUUGGCAAUGAUGCUGCUGCUAUAGCUUCGGCGCUGCAGACGGCAUAUAACUUGGGUGCUGACCAGAUCCAGGGCUUGCUCGGUGACAUUGGUUUCAGCGCUGAUCAGAUUGGCCAGGCUUUCCAAUCACUCGGGGGAGAUUUUGCCGACCUCGGUAACAAGAUUCUGCACGGCCUUGAUCCUUCUAACUGGCCUAACCCUUUCGGUGGCGGUGGCAUCUUCGGAGGCGGCGGUGGCGGCAUUUUCGGCGGUGGAUUUCCCUAG